CUCUUGCUUGUUGCUUAACACCAUUGUGAAUGCGAAUUUAAGGAGCACUAGGACAUGACGGACUCUCAUGAUUUGGCCUCAAUGAUCAUUGCUCCUCCUCAUAUUUUGAGGUCAUUCCAAUUGUAUGAGAUGUCCCAUCCGUAACCUAGACAUGAAGACUAUGAAGAACAUGUGAAGCUUGCACACUGUUUAUUUCAUGGGGUCGGUUAAUCCAGAAAAGAAGGUCAAGAUAAGUAGGAAGGAAUAGAAUUUUCAAAACUGACAUUCCACUUCUACUGUAUGGCUUGAAGCAAGAGUGGGGCACAGACCGGCCGUCUCCACGCACUCCCCUUUAUUUCCUCCUCUAUAUAUAUCCCUCACCACCCUUACUUGCUUCCGCACACACACAAGCCCCUCUCCUCCCCUUCCUUCCUCCGUGCGCUCUCUCCUAUUCUUUCUCCAAAAUCAUUUCCGUUCUCACAAUCUCUCUCUCCUUCCUCCAACUCUUGCUUUGUCGCCACCACCAUCACCAUGCCAGAAGCUCCCAAUCCCACUCAGGCCUGCGCUGCCGCCGCAGUCCCCGUCGAGCACCGGAAGGUUCUCGACUACAUCGAGGACGUGACUGUUAAUGCCGACCAGGUCCAGCGUCGCGUGCUCUCAGAGAUCCUUGCCCAGAAUGCGCCCGCCGAGUAUCUGCGCCGCCACGGGCUGUCCGGCCGUGCCACCGCCGACCCCAGCGCCUUCAAGCUCCUCAUCCCUGUCAUCACCUAUGAAGAUCUCCAGCCAGACAUCCUCCGCAUCGCCCAUGGCGACACCUCGCCCAUCAUCUCCGGCCGACCCAUCUCUGAAUUCCUCACCAGCUCCGGGACAUCCGGCGGUGAGCGGAAGCUCAUGCCGACGAUCGACGAUGAGCUUGACCGCCGAUCACUUUUCUAUAGCCUGAUGACGCCGGUGAUGAGCCAAUUUGUGCCGGGCCUUGACAGAGGCAAGGCAAUGUACCUCUACUUCGUGAAAUCGGAGUCCCGGACCCCCGGCGGGCUCGUCGCCAGGCCGGUACUCACCAGCUACUACAAGAGCCGCCACUUCCUCGAGCGGCCUUUCGACCCCUACAACACGCUCACCAGCCCCAACGAGGCCAUUCUGUGCCUGGACUCGUACCAAAGCAUGUACGCCCAGCUGCUGUGCGGUCUGGUCCAGCGUGCCGAGGUGGUUCGGGUAGGCGCCAUCUUUGCCUCCGGCUUCAUCCGAGCCAUCAAAUUCUUGGAGAAGCACUGGCCUCGUCUGUGCCGCAACAUCAGGACCGGCAUGCUCGACCCCGAGAUCGCUGAUCGGGCCGUGCGCGAGGCGGUCGAGCGUGUGCUCCGCCCGGACCCCGGCCUCGCAGGCCAGAUUGAGGCCGAGUGCAGCAAGCCCUCAUGGGAGGCCAUCAUCCGCCGAAUAUGGCCAAAUACCAAGUACAUCGACGUCAUCGUCACCGGCGCGAUGGCACAAUAUAUUCCCACCCUCGACUUCUACGGCGGCGGCCUCCCAUUGGCGUGCACGAUGUAUGGGUCAUCCGAGUGCUACUUCGGCAUUAACCUUAAUCCUAUGUGCAAACCCAGCGAGGUUGCUUACACCUUGAUCCCCACCAUGGCCUACUUUGAGUUCUUGCCGGUCCGUCAUGCCGGCAAUGGCGCCAAGGACUACGAUCAACGUGACUUGGUCGACCUCGUCGACGUGAAGCUCGGGCAGGAGUACGAGCUCGUGGUCACCACCUACUCUGGGUUGUAUCGUUAUAGAGUCGGAGACGUGCUUCGGGUCGCCGGAUUCAAGAACAAGGCGCCGCAGUUCAAUUUCGUGCGGCGAAAUAAUGUGGCUCUAAGUGUCGAUUCGGAAAAGACGAACGAAGUGGAGCUGCAUGCAGCGGUGAGGAGUGCAGCGAACCACCUGGAGCCAUUUGGGGCGUCGCUGGUGGAGUACACAAGCUAUGCCGAGACCUGGAGCAUCCCGGGCCACUACGUGCUAUUUUGGGAGCUGAAGGCGGGUGGGACGGCGGUGCCGCCGUCGGUAUUCGAGGACUGCUGCCUGGCGGUGGAGGAGUCUCUGAACAGCGUGUACCGGCAAGGACGGGUGUGCGACAGCUCGAUCGGGCCGCUGGAGAUCCGAGUGGUGGAGGAGGGGACGUUCGACAAACUCAUGGACUAUGCGUUGAGCCAAGGAGCAUCGAUCAACCAGUACAAGGCGCCGCGAUGCGUGCGGUCGGGGCCUGUGGUCGAGCUGCUCGACGGCCGAGUACAAUCCCGGUUCUUUAGCCCCAAGUCCCCCAAAUGGGUUCCAGGCCACAAGCAAUGGAGCACGGAUAAUGGUGGGAUCUAAUAUGGAUCCUUCGAGGGCAAAAAAGAAGAAGAAGAAGAAGAAAACAAAGAGAUGUUGGCCUUCAAUCAUGCUAGUCACCACCUUUAGAGCUAGAUGGAUCUCCUCUCUCUCUCUCUCUCUCUCUCUCUCUCUCUCUCUCUUCUCUUUUUUCCCCCUAGUUUUCUCCUUGUUUUGUAUUAGGUGUUAAUGAAGAGGAAUCCAUCUUGACUGGUGUCCAAAAUGUUCAUUUGAAGGGAGUUGUUAUAUCGCUUCUCCUUUUUAAUCCUAAUUUGGAGGAUUGUUUGGAUUUUUUUUUUUUUUGGUUUUUUGGGUUGCUUUUUUUUUUUGUCUCACACUUUCUAAUUUAUGCCAGGAAUCCUGGUCACCAAAGACUCAUGGGGCUGUUCUCAGAAGAGAACUCUGAGAACAAACCGCACCGGACCUUCUAAUUUCUGGCAAGCAGGAAAUAAUAGUGUGCUCAACGCUUUGUAACGAAGUUUGGGCAUAAG